AGAUUUUCAGAUGGAGAGGCCAAGGCGAAGCGACUAUGAAACAGCUAUCAGAGUAAAAUAUAAAGAAACCUAAUUCCAAGCAAAACUUAACUUAUGUGAUGUACGCUAAUUCACAUAUCUAUCAUUCUGCUGUUGAUGAGUAAUUGUGAGAACAAUGAAUCAAGUUUCAGUAGUGAUACAGUGCAUUUGGUGAUGUAUUUUCAUUCAAAAUCUUAGUGGCAUUCAGAAACACUUUUUCUUGAGUCUUGCAGUUCAGCAAUCUUCUACAUCAGUGGUUUGCAACUAUGAAUCUGAGUUAAUCAACAGCUGUUGGGAUUCUAGUUUAUCAAAUUGGCUGUUUAUCUCUAAAGUCACAUGUUAGAAAUAUUGAAGAUAUGCUUUGAUAUUGUCCCAUCAAACUGGGUGUGAUUAUUCUCAAAAGUACGAAAUAUUUGGUGCUCAAAUCUCCAUAUGUUUAGAUGGCUGCUUGCUUGUGUUCAAGAUGAAUUUGUUCUUUCAAAAAAGCUGAACUAGCGCUUUCCCAAAUUUCUAGUGUUUCUUCAUUCUCUUAACUGCUAAGACUUGAUAUGAUAACAUACUUCAUGAGGAAAUGUACAAUUUUGUUUCUCAUAUUGGCAUUAUGUUCAGCUUACUAGUAGGUGGUAGUGUUUGAGUAAUCUUUCAUUUUUUUUUCUAUUUUCGACUAAAAUAAGUUUACGAAUGUGUCCUCAUAAUUGGAUUUUAAUCCUGUAAAUUAUGGAUCCCAAACUGUGGUGUUCCUAUGCAAUCUCCCAUAACCAAUUGAAUUAAGAAAAUCCUAGUUUUGGAUUUGUCCAGAGUGAGAUGUCUGUGUCUUAGAUUCGGAAAGCAAAAAGUGAGGCGCUUCAGAUGUACGUGUACCAACAUGGAGGUGACUAAUUUUGUUCACCUAUUUUACAUCAAGUUGUGUACAGGGACUGAUUACUAUGGGCAGGGGAUAUUCACUUGUCUAACACAGACAGUCCCCAAACUUAUAAUAGAACGUAAAUAAAGAAAAUUGGAAUAAAACUAUGGCCUAACUUAGUACACAUACUAUGGAAGUACCAAAAGUGGUGUAUUAAAUUGUGAUGUGUGGUAUUGUUUGGUUUGAUGUUUACGGGAACAUGGUUUGUUGUAUUGGGCAUUUGACUUCAAGAUAUGUCAGAUUGAUUUUAGUAUGGUAAGACAUAACCACCAGCUCAUCAGAGCUCUGGAAUCUAAGUUUGAAGUGUUUUCACAUUAGUCGUGUUUCCAAACUACCCAGAGUCAAAAUUUUGAAUUUGUUAAAGUCUGAAUUUAUACUUGCAGUGGCGAUGAAAGUCAAAAUUUGAUUUUCUCAAGAGUUUGGAGUCCGGGUCUUAACCCGAAUUCAGUUGCUAUUUUCCUAUGACUACUGCUUCUACCACUAGAGGUCAUAAAAGUGCCUUAUCGGGGUUAAGUGCUUAUUCUACAUUCCUUGCCCCCAUAGAUACUAUCACUAGGAUGUUUAAACAAGUAUUAGCCAGAAAAGUCUGACCGCCCCUGAGCUAUUCGAAAACCACUAACAGGCUCCAAGAUCCAGAGAGCCAUAGUCAGAUUUUGAACCCAGCCCUAGCCAAAAUUUGUGAUUGGUAAAGUAAAACAUUUCAGAGUCAGAAGUCCGUAUUUUUGAAUUCUUCAUGCAAGUUUCCAAUUUUGGGAUGAAAUGGAACUGUUCUUGAAUGCAGACCCUAAAUCUAUCUAACAUCAUUCGAAGAAAACAUCCAUAAGUGCAUGCAAAUUUUAGAUAUUUCAUUUUACAAGUCACAAAACUUGCAAUUGUGUAUGCUGAAUCCUACAGGCUUGGCUCAACAUUACAGCACUGCUGGCUAUUGUAGUGGUGUUACCAAUACACCAUUAAGUGAUCGGUGAUGCAUGAAAUAGCAGCAUCAGUACUGCAAUGUUGAAAUUGGAUUAUUUCGACUACUCUCAUUGUUUUCUGAUGUAUUGUAUAAGCAUAACAUAAAAUAAUGGCGUUUGGUAAUGAUCGGAGAGAACUUCGAAAAGGAGAGAAGUUUGUGGUGACAAUUGAUGAAGUUGUACAUAACACAAUCCUGGUCUUCCUUGAAUACAGAAAAGCUAAAUUCUGUGGAGCAUUGCUUAAUACCUCCAACAGACGUGGACCUUAUGGCAUCGAAGAACGUCCAGAUAACACUUAUUAUCGGGCGUAUGGCAUUGAUCCAAAAAAGUUAAAAGAGGAUGAAAUAGAGCGGGAAAAAAUGGUUGCCCAGCAACAAGUUCGUUUACCACAAACUCUUGAUAUUCGAACAACAUACGCGCAAAAAAUUGAAUUGCCACCGGCUCGGCAAAUAUACAUGAGACGACGACGCUCGAAAAGAAAAGUCAGAAUGGACAUGAUCAACACUGAUUUAGCUCUGAAAAUUGUCACUUCAAAUUCUGGACGAAAACUUCUUUCUCAUCCUUCCACAUGUUGUUGUGACACUUGUGCAUCUGGUGGACUCAUGAAAUUAUCAGAUGAGAAAAAAGCUAUUAAAGGCAAAAGAAAACUAAUCGCUGAUGGACGGAAAGAAACGGGUUCAAAACAAGAGAAAAACGAUAUGGCUGGUUUCAAACCGCUUUCAAAACAGGCAAAAAGAAUUAAACUCGAUAAAGCAUCUGUGAAAACAAAUAAUUCAAAAGUUUCUUCCAAAGACAAUGGCUCUAAAGAUUCAGCAAAAACAGGGUCAACUUCGGAACCAAUAAAACGAAGCCCUGUGAUAAAAAUUUCCUACAAAUCGCCAGGGGGCAAAGGUCGAAUCUUAAAAAUACCUUCACGACUUCACUCCCCAACUCCCAAUUCAAAUGAUGCCGUUACUAAGCGGAAUGCAAUGCAUGAACGAGCAAGGAAAGUUGUUAACAGGGCUAAAAGUGAACAUUUUAAAUAUUUACAAGAACAUAAAGGAGACACAGACAAUAAAUUUAUUGCUCCAACAAAGGCGACAGCCAAACCGAAAGGAUUAUCAAAACGAUCAUCAACGAAACAAACAAUUUUAUCUCUGGAUAAAAAUGAAGCAAGCAAAGAGAAACCAAAUUUUCUUCAUGUAUCUGAUACAUCAGCGUUUACCUCAGUCGAAAGCCCAAACCAGCAACGUAAAACUACAAAAAAUUCACCUCGAAAAAACACUGAAGCGCAACAAAUAAAAGACGAUGCAGCCAAAACUUUUAAUGGGAAAAAAGAAUCGCCUAAUACAAUACGGCGAAGACAUGUGCGGUCUUUACACCCACAUGUUUUACUUCAACCAAUAUCGGCCAGAAAAUCUGAAGACAGCCUUUCAACGCUUUCGAAUUCAACGAAGGCAACUGUACCAUCUCAGCUUGCUGUAAAGUUCAAACAGAACAUUCCAAAAGAGGAAAGUUCAGAAGCAGAAGAUGCAUCAGCUUCCGUAAACGCCGUUGGAACUUCAUCGCAUAGAAAAAAAACUCCUACUAGUGUUCAAGCAUCACACUCGAUUUCCGUCACACGGUGUACCACGAGAGCAGGUGUAAAAUGGUGCCAAGGUGAUGUAGUUUGGGGGAAAAUUAUGGGGUUUCCUUGGUGGCCAGGUAUUUUGAAGAAAAUUGUCAUCAAAAAUGCGGAAUCAAAGAUAGAACAAAUUGCCAUUGUGGACUGGUUCCAGAGCAAAACGGUUUCUCAUAUUCCGUGCACAGAACUUGAAUCUUUUUCAGAAAGUUUUGAUAGAAGAUUUGUUCGCAAACGUAAAGGAAAAUACCGAAAAGCAAUCCAAGAUGCUCGAGAAGCAGAGAAAGAAAUGUCGCCUGAAGUUAGAAAGUUAAUCAUGCAGUUUGAGACUUAAAUUAUCCAAGAUUUUGAUUCAUUUUUAAUAUUAUUUCUGUGUUGAAAUGCAGCUGACUCAACAGAUUACUGACGGAACGCAAUAGCAUAGUUGAAAUUAGGAAGCCCGCUGCCCAGGAAGAGUUUACUUUGACCACUGAGAUUCAUUUGAUUAGUUUUUAACUUCGAAUAAAUUCGUCGUUAUACGCAGAUAAACCAGCUUGAUAGCAAAUUUGAUUCAGUCCAUAUAUCUAUCUAAGACAGUUGUUUCCAACCUUUUAUGGCUCCUGGCCCUCUUCGAAAGUUUUUAACACUCAUGGCCCCCUGUUUAUCAUUCCAUUGCUGUUUGUAGUAAUAUUUGGAUUGGUGUGUUCGAAAUCCCAUUAUGUUCAAACAAUUCAUGCCCAACAGCCUGAAAACACCCUGUUAAACCUUAUAAUGCGAUGUGGCCGGGAAGAAGGAAAGUUUUCUCGCCAAGGGAAAAGAUAACAUCAGUUUUGCACCUAGCAUUGUGCCCCCCUCCAACCACGCUGUGGCCCUCUUGGGGGCCAUGAGCCCCUGGUUGGGAACUGCUGAUUUGAGACGAGUGAAUUUAUUGUAUAAAAAGAAUAACUGGAUUUAAAUUGUGACUCCAAUCCUGUUAGUAUGUGAAUGAAACUUGUUGUAUUAGCAAGUUUGAUGACAGUUUAUAUCUUAUUAAAAUAAGUUUACAGGAUCAAAAUUGUCAUGUAUAUUCCAAGGAAGGGCAAUCACUUUUCUGAGUGGGCCAGUUACAGAUAAUAGACUCAGUUACUGAGCCAAAGGCUCAAAACUCAAUAUGAAAAACUAUGAAAAAAAAAUAAUUUAUUUACAUCAGCUAGUCCAACAGCUAAGCUAACAUUUGUAUUAUAAUAAGAAGAAUAAUGUAGCAAUCAGGGUCAUUAUGCUGGUAUUUUCAUCAGUAUUUUUUACAUUCAUAAAAACUAUAGUCAUAAUUUUAGCAUACAAGUGGGCCUGCGGGCCAUUAUUAGUCUACUCCUGGUCUAUUCCUUGAUUUUGACUUUUCUCUCAGAAGACCAAAUUGCUAUUGGUAUAUGCUUUUUCUUUUAACCUUAUGUUUGUAAAUGACUAUUGUUAGAGUCAACGUACUAUGAAUUGCAGGUUUUCAUCAUGUGUUGCUUUGUUUACCACAUGAAAAAUUGUAAAUUUGGUAUUAAAUUUGAUAGUUGCUACGUAACUUGAAAUAUAGCAAGCUAACCUACUUGUCUGUCUUGGUACGCGAUUGUCUAGAGUUGGUCUUUCCAACACAAAACUAUGCUCACGAAGUAAUUCAUUUACCAUUGGCAGUCUUUUACUGUUGUCAAAUAAUAAUUUUGCAAGAAAAUUUACUCCCAAAAUUAUUCUGCCAUGAAAGUCUUCAAAAUAAUUCUAAUUCCCACAAAUGAUUAUUCUCAAAUUGUUGCUUACAUAUUUUGGAGAAAAGUCGACCUUGCAUGUGAAUAUUUGUUUAAAUUUCUUUCAAGUGGCAAUAAAAGCAUGUUAAAAUUCUAACAUAUUGCUUCACUUUUGAAAACGUCUUCGUGGGUAUGUCUAGAAAAUUUCGUUUCAGCUGAAUUUUGAAUCAAUGCUCUUUGAAUGGGUCCAUAUCUAGAUUUCAGUUCAUUUAAAUUCCUGUUUUUGGCAUAACUAUAGUGGGUAUGAUUUUGAUUACCGGUAAGUAUGAUUUUGGUAUGCACAAUAUCUUGUCGCAAAAUGAGCCUAAUGUACAGGGGGUCCAUAAUGUACUUUUACAAUUUCGUUAUGAAGUCGGUUCUCAAUAUAUCUUAACCAGAUUUUGUUGUUUCUUAAUCAGCAGUUGUUUAUUACCUCAUUCAAUGCAUUUUUGAGGGCCAAAACAAUAUAUGGACAAACUCCUCCCUUUGCAAUUUUGACAAAUUUCAAGACUUUGUGGACACCCCAUAUAUAAUUUAAGAUUUAUUCAAUGAAAGAACUAUUCAGACAUUGGCAUCCCUAUCAUUUGGUUCACUAUUCUCCUUCAAUCAUAAACCAGUUUAUUCCAUGAAGCUGCAUGUUUCAGUUCAAUUUGCUGCUCCAGUGUAAAGUAGUGAAUUUUAUGUUGCCAGUAAUUGAAUGUCUUAUUCUUUUUAUGGAAUGUUUUGACAUUCUUAUUUCUUGCUACAAUAUGACUAUAAAUUAUUGAUGUUCAACUUUUUAAAAUUGUGUUAAUCACUUUUAAUUUGAAAGCGAAAAGCAUCUGGUUACCUAUUCCCAUACCCCCCUACCUUGGAUAUGUAGAGCCUGAGGUUCACAAUAUGAAUAUCCCUCAUGAUAAACAUUAUUUUAUAAUAUUUCAAAACCUCCACUCGCUGCUACAAAACGACUUUCAAAGAUAGUGCUCAGCCUUUUUUUAAAUUGUAUUGUCACUUUUAAUUUGAUAGCAGGAAUGGCGUUCACAUGACGUAAAGCAUCUGUAGGGUGGUAACCAGGCAAGAUGGUGUGGUUUGUCCUAUGAACGAAUCCCUUGUAAUGAACCUGAGUUGUUUUUCAAGUUGGAAUUGGCCAACCAUAAUUGCUCAUGAAGUCAUUUUUGCUUCAACACUUGCACUAAUAUUAUGGUCACUCAAGAGUGAAGAAUAAUAUUAAUUUAAUUUAUUAAACUCUCACUAAUAGUUGUCCUAACUUCGAAGACUAUGAUCAGGCGACUAGUGACUAUGAUUAAGGUUGUAUCACUCAUAAUAAAUGUGCACAAGUCCUUGCAUAUGUGAUAUGGUGCACAUAAUUUUAUUAUGUUAUGUGAAGUAUCGUUGUUAAGAUUCUCACUGUUUUCCUUGUUUCAUUUCUGCUCAGUUUAUUUCAAUUUCUAUCAUUUUCAAACUUAUUAAAAGCAUCCGGAAA